AUGGCUAGUGAUCAACUAGAUUUGACACAAGACGGCUCUGUAGAUGUGAGGGGAAAACCAGCAGUUAAAGCGAAGACUGGAGGGUGGAGAGCUUGUUAUCUCAUCAUUGGCUAUGAAGCUGUGGAAAGAAUGGCGUUUGCGGGCAUUUGGGCAAAUUUAGUUGUUUAUCUCACAAAAAAAUUGCACGAAGGCACCGUGUCAUCAUCUAGGAAUGUCACAAAUUGGAUUGGCACUUUGUGCCUUACACCUUUACUUGGAGCAUAUGUUGCUGAUACAUACUUGGGGCGUUUUCGCACAUUUGCAGUCUUUUCAAUUAUUUAUAUCGUGGGAAUGGCGAUAAUGAUUUUAGCAGUUACGUUGAAGUCUUUGAGGCCGCCAGAAUGCCCAUCAGGUGAAGGCUGCGAAAGGGCAACUUCUCUGCAGAUUGGGAUUUUCUACUUUGCUUUGUAUCUGCUCGCUGUGGGCGCAGGAGGAACCAGACCCAAUAUCUCCACUUUUGGUGCAGAUCAGUUUGAUGAUUUUGAUCCAAAGGAAAAGUCGCAGAAGGCCUCGUUUUUCAAUUGGUGGAUUUUGGUUUUGUUCGGUGGUAGUCUUUUUGGACAAACAUUUCUUGUGUAUGUGGAAGAUCAUAUUGGUUGGGGAGUGGCUUCUGGAAUUAUCAUCGCAGGGCUUAUAGUAUCCUAUGUGGUGUUUAUGAUAGGAACUCCAAUUUACAGAUACAAAGCUGUCUCAGGUAGCCCGUUGCGGCGAAUGGCCAAAGUUAUUUGCAGGAUGAUUCAGAACUGGGAAAUACAGGUUCCUUCAGACGAAUCGACUCUUCAUGAAGUAGAUUCAAAGGAGUAUCUUACUCAAGGCCGAUAUCCUAUCGCUCACACAAAACUUCUAAGAAUUUUUGACAAAGCAGCAGUACAAAAUAACCCAAGCUUGAAGCCGUGCACCGUGACAGACGUGGAGGAAACAAAGCUUAUAAUAAGAGUCCUCCCGAUUUGGGCGACGGCCAUUUUCCCCACUACACUGCUAACCCAGUCUAUCACACUGUUUGUGAAGCAGGCCACCACACUGGACAGGCAUAUGGGUCCUCAUUUUGAAAUUCCAGCAGCUAGUAUUGUAGCUUUUCUUCAAAUAUCCCUUCUUAUAUCCCUUGCAAUCUAUGAUCGCUUCCUAGUCCGCAUCUUCCGGAGAUUCACAGGAAACCCACGAGGCAUAACAAUAUUACAGAGAAUGGGGAUCGGUUUGAUACUUUAUACUAUUUGCAUGUUAGUAGCUAUGUUAACAGAAAUGAAAAGGCGAGAUGUUAUUGGAAGGCUUGGGCUUGAGGAUAAUAGUAGUGCUAUUGUGCCUCGUACUGUAUUUACUCUUGUCCCCCAGUACUUUAUAAUGGGAAUGGCUGAAGCCUUUCUGGAAGUGGCGAGAAUGGAAUUCUUCUAUGAUCAAGCCCCGGAGAGUAUGAGAAGUUUGGGAACUGCAUUGUAUCUGUCGUCAUCAGCUUUCGGGGCAUUCCUUAGCAGUGUUGUUUUAACCAUUGUAAGUGACCUUACAGGGCGACAUGGGCACAAAAGCUGGGUAUUAAAUAACGUGAAUGCAUCACGAUUUGAUUACUAUUUUGCCCUCUUGGCUGGUAUUAAUUUUUUGAAUUACUUUUUCUUCUUGUUUAUCUCUUCCUUGUAUACAUACAAAAGAGACACAAGUGAAGCUUUCGGAAAUGAUUCCACCAAUGUCGCCCAAAUAAUUGCUUUUGGUGACCAGAACAGUGAUGGCAUUGAAAGCCAUAUUUAG